AACAAUUUUGGGUCAACGAUAUUAGUACAUGAUGAUGAACAUGGUUUUGCAAGUCUGUCAUUGUCGUCGGUUACACAACAAAACAGAGUAUUCAAUGGCAGCUUACAAGUCAUUCGAUUAGACCAAGUCAGAGACUACUUUUUAAGUUUUAAGUCGUCAGCGUACUAAAUGGAAUCUCUCUAUUAAGCUAGCCAUCAUCACUGCUACCAUUAUUGCUUUCUCGAUCAAACUUCAAAUCCUGAUUAUUUCUGUAUAUGGGCUAUUUGAAAUCAUGAUCAAUUGAUCAUAAUGGAUGAAAUUAACCUUCGUUUUUUUUUUCUUCUGUUCUACUUUGCAGGCGGAAUUGAUCCAUAUGUUCUGAUUCAAUACAAAGGGCAAGAGCGCAAGAGCACCGUUGCCCGAGGGCAAGGUAGCAGUCCAGUGUGGAACGAGACGUUCACAUUCAGGGCAGAAUACCCUGGCGGAAAUGACGAGUACAAACUCAUCCUCAAGAUUAUGGACCAUGAUACUUUCUCCGCUGAUGACUACCUUGGCCAAUCCACCAUCUAUGUGAAGGAGCUAUUGGAAACUGGAGUGCAGGAUGGGAAAGCUGAAAUUCAUCCUCAGAAGUACAGCAUCGUUUCCAGUGAUCAAUCAUUCAAUGGAGAAAUCAAAGUUGGAAUUUCUUUCAUCCCCAAGGUGGAAAGUUAUGAUGCGGGUGAAGAUUUCGGUGGAUGGAAGGAGAGUGAAUACUAGUUUCAAAGACCCCUGUUUCAUAUUUCAAUCCUGUUGUGUAUAAUUUUCUGCAUAAGUGAUGUACUUAUGUUAAAUGGCACCUAAAACUCUUGGCUUUUCCUCCAACAUUCCAACUCCAAGUGGUUUAUUAAUGUAAAAUUACUAGUGCCGAAGACAUUCAAAUCUGCUUCUACUUUGCGAGGAAAAUUGUGGUAAUGUAAUUGAGUCCCUCAGCCUCAAUCCGAGGUAUCCAACAAAUGAUCAAUGAUAUUCUUCUUUGAGCAAGAGAAGUUUCAG